AUGGUGCGUGUUUUAAUCUGUUGGACUCUGCUCGCUGGGCUCGUUAGAUGUCAGAUCAGUGAUCUUCGAUACACCGAGACGACCAAUGACAACCUGGGUGAGGCGAUUCAGUUCUUGCGGGAGUUUGAUCGAGAAGCGGCGGAAAUGUGUAACCGGGUAGCAAACGCCGAGUGGCGUUUCUCGACAAACGCCACCGAUUUCAACAAGCGCCGGAUGCGAGAGCAGCAAAAUCUGGCCUCCAAGUUCGAGUGCAUCAGCUGGCGUCGGGCGGUGUCCUUCGACUCCUCGCGCAUAAUCGAUUCCAGCAUCCGUCGACAACUUGGUCGGGUCGUUCAGCAGGGUCGAUGUGGAUUGGGUGACGAUAAAUACGCCGAACUGCAGCACGUGCUGGCGCUGCUGAAGGACAACUACAAUGGUGCUAAAGUGUGUCCUUUCCGGCGGACCGGCACGGAGACACGUGACUUGGGAACGUUCUCUUCAUCGGCCGUUGGCUACCAGAGCUCGAACUACGUAACCGGCUAUACGGGUUACUGCGACAUGAAGAUCAACCCCGAUCUUACGAGGAUCAUGGAAACGAGCCGAUCAGAGGCAGAGUUGCGAUACUAUUGGAUGGCGUGGCGCGAAAAAACGGGCCCACCGGUGAAAAACACGUUCAUGCGGUACGUGAAUCUGGCCAACCAGGCAGCCGAACGGCACGGCUUCCACGAUGCUGGUGAUCAGAUGCGCUCGGUGUACGAGGAUGGUGAUUUCUUCUUCACCGUGAACGAUCUCUGGGGGCAGCUGCAACCUCUGUACAAGCAGUUGUUCACCUUCGUUCGGCGAGGGCUCAUACGGCACUACGGUGAGCACGUGAUCCGACCAGACGGUCCGUUACCGGCGCAUUUGUUGGGUAACAUGUGGGCGCAAAAUUGGCGCCACAUUAUCGACAUCGUCCGACCUGGCCCUCCUGAAACACCCGACGUGUCCGGUGAGAUGGUCCGCCAGGGGUACACACCGUUGAAGAUCUUUCAAACGGCUGAGGAGUUCUUCACCUCGAUCGGGUUGACACCGAUGGCACCGGAGUUUUGGCGCAAUUCCGUGCUCCAGCAGGCAACCGACGCAUCCGGCCAGUGUAGCGCAUCGGCGUGGGAUUUCUGCAAUAAGGUGGACUUUCGCAUCAAACAGUGCACUCAGCUAACGCUGGACGACUUUAUCGGGGCGCAUCACGAGAUGACACACAUCCAGUACUACAUGCAGUACGCGAACCAACCGUUUCUGUACCGUGAAGGACCAAACCCGGCCUUCCACGAAGCGCUGGCCAAUGCGAUCACGCUUAGUGUUGGAGGUCCAGCGCAUUUGCAAAAAAUAGGACUCCUCAAUAGCCCGGUGGCUGUGACGAAUGGUAUCGCGAUGAUCAACAUCGAGUACUUGUUGAACCUUGCGUUAGACAAACUGCCGUUCAUGGCGUUCAGUUUGGCGCUGGAAAAGUGGCGCUGGUACGUGUUUGAAAAGGGACCGGUGGGAAUGAACGUGCGCUGGUGGGAGCUACGGUUGCGAUAUCAGGGCGUAAUACCACCCACCGGACGGGGAUUCGAGCACUUCGACGCAGGCGCUAAAUACCACGUGAUAUCCGAUCAGGACUAUAUCAAGUACUUCGUGGCUACCGUGCUGCAGUUUCAGAUCUACUCCGAGCUAUGCCAGGCGGCUCAACAUUAUGGGCCACUGCACACGUGCGACAUUUACCGAUCACGAGAGGCUGGCCGGAUUUUGAGCGAUGUAAUGCAGCAGGGAGCGUCCCUGUCUUCGGCGCAACUGAUCAAGCUGCUGACGCGAGGGAAAACGUCCCGAUUAUCGGUGGAACCGUUGCUCGAAUUUUUUCGGCCACUCACGGCAUGGCUAGAAGCUCAAAACCGUGACGAGCAGAUCAUUGGCUGGGGCUCCACGAUGGAAGAUGUCGCACUGUUUCAGCCAGUUAUCGGCAGAAAUGGACAAGGUGUUAAUGCUUCAAACAUGCCGUUGGUGCUGCUGCUAGCACUGAUGAUGCGCGGACUUGUUUUAAAAAUGAGCAAGAUCACAUAA